AGAGGAGGGGUGCAGGGGGGGGGGCAUUGACUGAGAAGGAGAGUGAGCGAAGAGAAAGAGAGCUUCAUGGACCAUGUCACAGUUUCAGUCUUCUCCAUAUCUUCUCGUCCACGAUGCACUUUAGGAUUGCAAUAAGAUGCGUGUGUGUUUGCAGAUAAUCGGCUUCCUCUUCGCCGCAAACUUUUACCUCCAGCCGCUCCAAGCUCAGGAUCCCUCCUGUUGCCACCAUGCUGCUGAGUUCUCCCCUUGUAAAGAAGCUUGUGAUCAGCUCGCCACUAUAAAGAGUGAGUCUCGUUUGAAACAUCUCCUGCAGAGGUUGCCAAGUUACUGUCCAGAGUCAAUGAAUGAGCUCUGGGUUUGCAUCAACUCUACACUUCCAGGAGUAUCAAGGAAGUCAGACAGCUGGGUAGGGCUGGGUUGCUGUGAGCUCGCUAUCUCAUCUGAGUGCCGCAGGGAAUGCAGACAGGCAUCAUCCAAAAAUGACCUAACUAAAGUAUGCAAAAAAGUCACAGAGAAUCCUCUACACAGCUGUAUCACCAAAAAUGAAAUGGGCUCCACAUGUUGCAGCUAUGCGGGGCGUCACACCACAUGUAGGGAAUACUGUCAGGCCAUCUUCAGGACGGACUCAACCCCCACCGUGUCUCAAAUCAAUGCCGUCAAAGAGUACUGUCAAAGCCACAGUGCUCAGCUGCUCGGCUGCGUCAGCAAUUUCACCAAGUCCUACCCCAUUCGAAGCCCUAUAGACAGUCUGUACUGCUGCGACCGAGCAGAGGCUCCCCACUGCCAAGUGGCUUGCCGGCGGAUCCUCCAUACCUUGAGCACAGAGAAUGAGAUCAUGGAGGGCUUGAUUGACGAGUGCGAUUCUCAGCCUCUCCCCCAAGAUCCCAUGUGGCAGUGCUUUCUGGGAAGUGCCCAUCCCCCAUCCCCGACUGAAAAAGAAGUCCCACAUCCUGCCAAAAUGGACUGUGCCAAACUGCACUGUUGCUCCAAAGCCAACACCUCACUCUGCAGGGACAUGUGUCAAGAAAUUAGCACCAAUUGGGGCAGCCAGACAUGGCAAGACUUUGACCAGCUGUGUGAGUACAACCCAGGGGAGACGGAGCUGAUCAACUGCCUGGCCGAUGUCAGAGAACCCUGCCAGUUAGGCUGCAAGGAUCUCUCCUAUUGCACCAACUUCAACAAUAGGCCGACAGAGCUGUUUCGCAGCUGUAACAUGCAGUCAGACCAGGGAGCUAUGAACGAUAUCAAGCUGUGGUCCAAUGGAACAAUCAAGAUGCCUUUUAUGAACAUUCCCGUGCUAGACAUCAGGAAGUGUCUGCCGGAUAUGUGGAAGGCGGUUGCUUGCUCUCUGCAGAUCAAACCCUGUCAUAGCAAGUCCAGAGGGAGCGUCAUAUGCAAGUCCGAUUGUGUGGAAAUCCUGACCCAGUGUGGGGACAGAAAACGUUUCCACGAGGGACAAACCCCUGAGAGGAUAUGUGAACUUCUGUCGCCCAUCGAUGACCCUGAACGCUGCAUUCCCCUCCGCAGAUACCUCACCCCGAGUUCUCUGGGAAACAGCGUCGUCGAAGAGGUCAUCCAUCCAUGCAACCCUAACCCUUGCCCGAGCAACCACUUAUGUCAGGUCAACAGGAAGGGUUGCCUUGAUGACCUCAACUGUCAACCAUUUCUUUGCGUGCCAGGAUGCAAACUCGGCGAAGCUUCAGACUUUCUCGUGCAGCAGGACGCUCGCUUGCAAGUGCCGACCCGCAACGGUCCGGCCGGAUGUUAUGAGGUCUGCACUUGUGGUACCAGCGGGCGCCUGGAGAACUGCGUAGAGAUGCCUUGUGUGGACACCAACAAGGCUUGCAUUGUCGGAGGACAGAAGAUGAAUCACGGCGUAUCUUAUAGGCUAGACUGUGACACCUGCUACUGCUUUGCUGGCCACCCCAUCUGCUCUGACAGAGAAUGUCUCAACAUUGAAAGCUCAGAUGACGACCGUCUACAUUAUACUGGUCUUCCAUGCAACUGUCCAGACCACUUCGUCCCAGUGUGCGCUAGCAACGGCCGCACGUAUCCAAGUGCCUGUGUGGCUCGCUGUAUGGGUUUCACGGACGGUCAGUUUGUGUAUGGCCAGUGCCGUUUCACUAAUCCCUGCGCCAGUAAACCCUGCCAGCGAAACCAGAGGUGCAUCCCGAAAUAUCAAGUUUGCCUGAGCGACUUGUCGGACUGCCCGCAAUACGAAUGCGUCGGCCGGCAGUUGGCCUGUGACAAGAACAGCGUGGAGCCUGUCUGCGAUACUGACGGUGUCAUUCAUGCCAGUCUGUGUCAGCUACAGCAAGCUGGGAAAACUCUUGCCUAUAUGGGCCAUUGUCAGGACUCCUGCAAGAGCCAGGAACAAGUUUGCGGCCACAACGGCAAGACCUAUAAUACGGUGUGUGAGGCCUACUCAGACCGGGUGGCUCUGGACUAUAAGGGACAUUGUCAAGCCGUGGGGGUCGCGUCUGGCACGGCAGCUGAGUCUGCCUGCAGUCUUAUUUCCUGUCCACGUCUAUCACCUCCGGGCUGCCAGCCUGUCACACCCCCAGGAGCCUGCUGCCCAAUCUGUGCCAGUAUGCUGCAGGUCCUCUGGAAUAAAGAACAAAUGAACACAUUCUCUAAGCUAAAUAAGAACCAGCCAGUGUCAGUGCACGACGUCCUUCAAAUCCUACGACUUCACGUGUCCGUCCCACAGUGUGAUGUCUUUGGCUACCUCAGUAUUUAUCACGAGCUUGUGAUCCUCAUUGCUCCUGUGGAUCAGUCUCCAACGCCUCUGCAGAUUGAAGCCUGCAGUAAAGAAGCCGAGAAGAUCGAUUCCCUUAUCAACUACGCUAGUCCAACACUCGUCUCCCACGUUCCCCUCUCUGCUCUCGUUGCCUCUGAGACCAAAACAUCUUCCGUCAAUUCCUCAGGGGAAGCUCGGUUUUCGCCUCUGAACCCCGUCCUGUGCUUUUUCUUGAGUCUCCUUAUGGCCUUGAGUCCCCAACUGCUGUAAAUACUCCCUUCCCUCCUGUUAUAAUUUGCCAUCUUUGCAGAAGGAAGCCACGGCGGCACCUUCGGACAAUCACAGUAAUUGACUCGGCAGCGUGUAAAACAAUCAAGGUGGAAAAGCUAUUAAUUUGAAAAGCUUUGUACAUACAGUAUUAUGAGUGGCUCACUUUAUUUCCCUACACUAUGGUGUGAAUAGGUGAGCUUGUGAUUACAAUGUUCGUAAAGUCAUGCCAAAGAAUUAUGUUCAAAUGUGUGGAGGAGAUUUGUUGGCUCUGUCUAAUAGAAAAGUAGUGCUUUGACGCGGACUUUGUGUGUGCAUGUUUAUGAAGCCUCUGGCUUCGAAUGAUCAGUGUUAAAUCCCAGCAGCAAGCUCUUCUCUGACAUUAAUUUGGUCAGACUUGUAUUAGCCAUUCGGGUCUAUGUAAGCUUUUUUGCGGGUGUACUCUUUAAUGCUCAUACACACGUUAGACUGUUUGUUGUUGUGCCAGCAAUCAAUCAAAAUGUGCAUUGAUUAGCAUUUGAAUCCUUUAGCAGUUCACCAUAGUUUCACAAAAUAUUUACUACAUCUUUUUUCUUGUAAAUUGGACCACAGUGGCAUCACUCCAACUUUGCACGUUCCUUCGAUCACGUAAAGUUUCAGGUUUCAAUUUUGAUGUAUUCAGUAUUAGAUUUCGACUUUUCGAAUUUUCUUUGGGGCUAUGAAGGUUUGCGACAUACAUGACACUAAUGGACUAUGGGAUAAAAGAAAAAAGUAUGAUGUCGUCCUUAUGUCCUAGGCAAAUCUGAUUUGGAAUUACAGAUGACAUAAUACAGUCUGAUUUCCUGUUGAAUUAUAUUUUCUCUAUUUUGUCCUUAAGAUUAUAAGGUGGGAUCUUUCCUGAUGCCCCCCUUUCUUUUUUUGUACAAGGCCAGUCGCUCUUAAGUUUCAAGUAUUAAAAGGGAAUUCACCUAUUUACAGUAUAAAGUCGAAGCCAUCUAAUAACAAGACAAUCAGCUUCUUGCUACCUAUACUCCUCUUGGGGUAGAGAAGACUUGCACUGUAUGCCUUGCAUAAUAGUGUCUUAUGAAGUAUUAUCACUAAUGCAAUAUCUUUUUUUUUUUUUUUGUUAAGAAAGUUCUCUAUAUUUGAUAAGUAUCUGAAAAUGUUUUAAAUAUCGAUCAUGUGUGCCGUGUUUUAAAAUAAAUAGAUGUUAUUUUUGUGCAUGAUGAUGGUAAGGAAGUGAUUUUUCAUUUCUUUGUGUUGUCUUUAUUUGUAUUAUCUAACUACCUGUACAGCACGCACGUCCCAGACUUUACCAGUAUUACUGUGCGAUGCGGAUUAGUUCAGGGUACAAAGGAGAAUUAGAGUCACAAUGAGGAGAAGAAAGUAAAAUGAUUGUUAAAACAAAAUAAAAUGUAUGAGAAGAAAGCUAGGAGAAUUUUGUCAUAUUUUAAAAUAAGGUUGUAAACUUAUGGGAAUAAAACCAUAAUUUUUUACUUUAAUCUUUUAAUAUUAAGAUUUGAAACAUUAUUUUGACUUUAAUGUUUAAAUAUUUCCAAUUAAUUCUCACAGUUGUAUAAAUGAUUUUCUUAUAUAUUCUUUCAUAACAGGGAAAUCUCACCUGACUCGUACAUGUAUUAUUGUAUGUAUGUAUGUAUGUAUGUAUCUGUCUAUUAUUUUAUUUUAAUGUCGUGUGUUAUAACUGAAUGUUUUUGUUUGUUCAUGUCAAUAUUGAUUCCUUUAAAAAUAUAAUGUUUGUAUAUGCAUUGAUUCCCCCUACAACAAAGGGAUGGAUCUAAAAGUCUUUCCGCAUUUGACGUGACUUUUCAAGAUUGAAAGACUAAAAAUGUUGCAAAUAAGAUGUGAAGACUGAAAUGGAUAUAAUGUGGCAGAACAGCAUGGCUCUGUCUUAAAUUGAAAACAAAAUAAAGAUGAGGAAAAAUUGA